AUGUCGACAGUACACAUCAAGGGUCCGCUAGGAGAGCUCUCAAUGGACGUCCCGCCUUACAUCAAGAUCGACCAAGACCCGAAGUUGCCUGGGCCGACAUUGUCGAUACAAGAUUCGACAGAUGCGAAGCAAAAGGCUAUGUGGGGUGUCAGCGAAGGACACAGCUCCAUUCUCCGCUUCGUCGGUGUCGGUUUCCGUGCCUCAGUCGAGAAUACUGCUACCACUGUCAAGUCCGAAUACCCCGGGCAGAAGUUUGUCAACCUGAAGGUGGGCUACUCUCACCCAGUCGAGCUCGGCAUACCAAAAGGCGUCGUCGCGAGUACCCCGCAGCCUACGCGACUACUGCUCGAGGGGCCAGAGAGGGAGGUGGUCAUGCAGUUCGCGGCGAAUAUCCGGAAGUGGAGGGUACCGGAGCCGUACAAGGGCAAGGGUAUCUUUGUGGACGGGGAGACGAUCAAGCUCAAGAACAAGAAGAUCAAAUAG